AUGAAACAAAACAUGCUAUUCAAAUAUAACGAGAAAGAACUAGGAAGAAAAUUUAAUCUUGCCGUGGAUAAAUUUUGCAAUCGAUCAAAAGUGGAUCCAAGUGGAUUCCAACCAAGUCUUAUAGACUCGCCUGGUCCAGGUGGACUUUGGCAAGGUCCACCUCCGCCAUCCCUCGCAAUUCAUAAUCAUCCAGGACGUUUUUCACUUAUGCCGCCACGAGAUUUACAUUUUCCACCACAACAUAUGAGACAGUUUCGACCGUCGUUCUCUCCUCCGACAUCACCUGAAUAUCGAAUGUACGAUUUAAAUAAGCGUUUAUCCAUGCGAACAGAAGAUUGUGAUAAUCUUUGGUGGGACUCAUUUGUCAAUGAAUUCUUUGAAGACGAUGCAACAUUAUCAAUAUCAAUGUGUAUGGAAGAUGGACCAAAACGAUUUAAUAUUGGCCGUCUUUUGAUUCCUCGAUUUUUCCAUACAUUAUUUGAAGGUGGUGUUAGUGAAGUUUAUUUUUUAUUAAAACAAGCAAAAGAAAUAUUCCAUAACCCAAGUAUAUCUCUCGAUUGUGAACAGGGUUCAUUGAUAACCUGCUUUGGAAAGCCAUCAUUCAUUAAAGUUUGCAAUGAAGGACAUUUUAAUAUUGAAUUUACGUUUGACGACUUAAUGCGUAUAAAGUCAUGGAAUUUUACAAUAAAACAAUAUCGAGAAUUAAUUCCACGAAGUGUUGUUGCUAUACCGACCGAUAAUCCAAUUUAUCUUGAUCAAUUAUCAAAAAAUUUCACUCGCAAUGGAUUAACAUCAUCAAUGCUAAAUUUUCUCAGGUUAUGUGAAAUUUUGGAACCCAUGCAAGAAUUAAUGUCUCGCCAUAAAACUACAACAUUCUCACCACGUGAUUGUUUAAAAACAAUUUUACAUCAACGUUGGUCAAAAACUUGCUCAGAUAAUCGACCAACAACAAAACCUAGACGAAAACGAAAAACCACAACGGUUAAUAGUACGGCUGUAACUCCUAAUAAAGAGUCUAAUAUAACCAAUUGUACAACACCAACAAAAAAACGUUCACCUGCUGCUAAUAAUAAUAAUAAUAAUAAUAUAUACUCUCAACCUGCAGCAUUACCAAUAAAUAAUAAUAUGCCAGGAGAUGUAAUGAUUGUUGGUGAACCAACAUUAAUGGGUGGUGAAAUGGACGAUGAAGAUGAGCGGUAUAUAACUCGACUUGAAAAUACACAAUAUGAUCCAAAUGGUGUAUCAUCUCAAUAUCAUUCUCUGAUGCAUUCUAUGCCUCAAGGAUAUCAACAAAAUCCUAAUCUUCAAUCAUUACUUCAUCCUAAACAACAGUUCAAUCAAAAUUCUUCUCAAAUAUUAAAUCCAAAUCAGAUUAAACGGGAACAGAUAUCAUAUCCUGGAUCACCACAGCAGCAGCAGCAGCAACAACAAUUGCCGUCAAUGUUUUUAAAUAAUCAACCGCCACCGUUAACACCAAUUAAUGGUGAAUUAUCAGUAGCUGGGAAAAGAAUUUCAGCUACAAAUAAUAAUUCUCCACAGACUCCUUCAGGCAACAGUCAUAAUCAGAAUUGUUCAACUUUAACUCCUUCAACUGCAAAUGCUAAUAACUAUUCUUCGUCAACGAAUAAUCAAGUUAUAGCUGAAAAAAAGCAAGAACCUCAUACGCCACCCGUUACAUCACAACAAACAAUUGUAACAGCCUCAUAG